CACGCAGUCACCGAGAGCUCGAGUCCUGAUAGGUCUAUGAUCCAUUGUCUAGAUGGCGGUAAUUCUCAAUAUGUGACUGCGGUCCGCCAAUAAAAACGAAGAAGAAGAAGAAGAAGCUUAACCUCGGCCAAUCAGAACAAAGGACCUGUGACACCGUGUUGAUAUUUGGUAAAUGUAGCCCGUUAAUGUUCAUUCCAGUGAUUACUGAUAAAUGAUUUCGAGCAGCAUGAGGACUCUGCUGUGGCUGAAGCGGCUAAUGCCAGAAGUGCGGUGGACCAUGUGGCAAAACAGAUCCUGCUCCGACUCUUCCAUCCAGAGAUUGGAGUCAAACUCUUCCAUCCAUAAACAUCUUAUCUCCAAAAUUACUGCCACGGGUCCAAUUUCAGUGGCUGAGUACAUGAGGGAGGCACUUACCAAUCCAGUGGCGGGAUAUUACGUGAAAAAUGACAUGCUUGGAGCAGGUGGUGAUUUUAUUACGUCACCAGAGAUCAGUCAAAUAUUCGGAGAGCUGUUGGGUGUCUGGUGUGUCAGUGAGUGGAUGGCGGCUGGGAAAUCCAACAUGUUCCAGUUAGUGGAGCUCGGACCUGGUAGAGGAUCAUUGGCCAGUGACAUCCUGAGGGUCUUCAGUCAGUUGAAAACUGUCCUGGGUGAGACGGAUAUCUCUGUUCAUCUUGUGGAGGUCAGCCCAAAGUUGAGCCAAUUUCAGGCUGAAUGUCUAACUGGAGGUAAUACACAGUCCAGUGAUGGUGAUAUGCCUGUUUACCGCAGUGGCACCACACGUACAGGCCUACCGAUAUACUGGUACCGCAGGAUAGAGGACAUCCCAAGAGGUUUAAGUGUCUUCCUUGCCCAUGAGUUUUUUGACGCUUUACCCAUUCACAAGUUUCAGAAAACAGAAAAAGGCUGGCGGGAGGUGAUGGUUGAUAUUGAUCCUGAAAGUCCAGAGAAACUGAGAUUUGUGGUUUCUCACAGUCCUACACUGGCCUCCAGCGUUCUUAUACAGAAAGAUGAAAACAGACAGCAUGUGGAAGUAUGUCCAGAAGGUGGAGUCAUUGUUCAGAAACUGGCCAAUCGGAUUGCAGAGGACGGAGGUGCAGCCUUGAUUGUAGACUAUGGACAUGAUGGAACAAAAACUGAUACUUUCAGAGGCUUUAAAGGCCAUCAACUCCACAAUGUCUUGGAGGCACCCGGCAUGGCAGACAUGACAGCAGAUGUUGACUUCAGUUACCUGAGGAAAAUGACAGGAAAUGAGGUGACCUGCUUGGGACCCAUCACACAAAGAUCCUUCCUGAAGAACAUGGGCAUUGACUCACGCUUGCAGGUCCUCUUGAGGAACUGUCAUGACCCCUCCACCAGAGCACAGCUCAUCCACAGCUAUGACAUGCUGAUUAACCCUGAGCAAAUGGGACACAGGUUUCAGUUCUUCUCUGUGCUUAAUCGAGGUCGGCUGUCUCAGUAUAAAGGAAUGCAGAAGAACACCGCACAAUUGCCAGUGGCUGGCUUUGCUGAGCUGGACAUCCAAUGAAAAGACAGUAAAUGGACAUAAUGUAGCAGCAUUCACAUGUUUAACUAGAAAACCAGAUGUAAUUCUGUGCUACACAUGUGCAUUGGACUGUGCUGACUGUCUGGAUUAGGUGAAAUAUAUAUGUACAUUUUAUUGUUUGAUGGUCUCCACUCUCUUUUUUUCAAUAAUAAUAAUAAAAACUA